AUGACGACCGAAUGGGCAAGGAAAUGGCUUUCCGACCCCUCAUCCACUCCAGCAUCUACCCAACAGGUUACCAUCAUCGACGAGCUCCUCUCCUCCAAAACCUUCCCCCAAAGCUCUGCCUCCGCAACAGCCUCCCUCGUCGAAGCGCAAGACGACAUCAGCUUCGCUCUAGCCGAUCUCGUUGGUCUCUACUAUUCGGCUGCUGAAUCAUGUACUAGUUUCAACGAACUGAAACUACUCGUAGCAUAUCUCGUUGAACUAGCAAGACAACCAGAUGCUGUGAACCGCGGACCAGAGGCCAGGAGCUGGGAUGUACCUGGCCUUGAGCCUCCACCCAAAAUUGAGGUAGGGGAGGUCAUUGUGAUUGAAGGAAAGAGGUUGUGGAGCCAGUUACUGGGGUUUAGUAUGCAUCUUACGGAGAAGUUCCAGGGUCCCGAGCUAUGGACUCACAGUAUCCGUAACCCAGCAACCCCUGAAGCCGCAACAACCAAAUGGAAAGACUUCAACACUCUCCUCGCCCUAAUCGCGCAUGACCCGGAUGCUCAAACCACACCAGCUCUUGCAGACUACACCAGACUGUCUCGUGUGACUUUAGCCAUGGCACUGGAAUACUCGCCUGGUACAAGGCUGGGCAAGAAUACAGCUAUGCAUGUACCGGCGGCUGCACAGUGGGUUCUGAUCGCUGGGGAAGAGAUCGAAAAGAUGUGUAGGGCGGGUACGGAGUCGAUACCUGGGGGUGACCUGUGGGUGGAAAGAGGAGGGAGCGAUGUUUGCGAUGUGGCAAGAUUGCAAUUCUGGAAGGAGAGAUUGAGAGACUUGGGGUAUUGA